UCUUGCCCCUUUCCUUGCCCUCCUUGCGCAGGAGUGAGUCCUCGGGGCCCUCUUCCCCGUACCCUCACCAUCCCUGGAACGACCGUUAUCCACCUUUUGCUUUUCCCGAACCCAAACCGGGGUCGGCUUUCUCAAUCUACCAACCUACAAACAUUUACAUCGACAAAACGACCGAGGAGAACUCCAGAGCGAAGAGAUAUGGCUGCCGCUGGGCAACCUCUGGAGCCCGAUACCUUUGAUUCGGACUCGGCAAUCUCGGAGCUUCGGAAUGGCAGUACCGACUCGCCUACCCCGAGUAUGUUGACGGUGCUGGAGGAGAAUGGCAGGACAUAUCACGCAAUGAGUUCCGGGAGUGAGCAGUGCCUUGUGAACCGCCUCUCCGAUGCUGGGGCCUUGACUGACGAUAUCAAAACAGAAUACCCGUUCCCCAACGAUAUUGUCGAGCAGGAGCGCCUAGAUUUCCAACACCUCAUGUGGAGUGUGACGCUGGGCGACAAGCUAUGCCUAUGUCCUAAGGACUCACAAAAGGCAAAGCGCGUGCUGGACGCCGGUACGGGCACCGGGAUCUGGGCGAUGGAUUACGAUCUGAGCAACAUCCAGCCAAAAUGGACACCUCCGAACUUAACAUGGGAGCUGGACGACCUAGAGCAGAAUUGGACAUGGUCUCAGCCGUUCGACUUCAUCUUUGUCCGCAUGCUAGCAGGGAGUCUCAAAAACUACCAAGACUUUAUCAACCAAGCCUUCGAAAACCUUGAACCAGGCGGCUACCUCGAAAUGCAAGACCUCUCCCUUCCCUACCGCUGCGACGACGCAUCCCUAACGCCGGACUCCCCAAUCCACAAACUCUCCGACCUUUUUCUCAGAGGCGGCCGCGUCACAGGCCGCAACAUGGACGCGGCGCCCACCUACGCCACCCUCAUGCGCACCGCGGGCUUCGUCGACGUUGAAGAACAACAAUUCAAGUGGCCCGUCAACGCGUGGCCGCGCGACCCGCACUUCAAGACGUUGGGCGCGUACACGCAUUGUAACCUCGACCACGGGCUCGAAGGGUUGACGUUGGGGCUCGCGACGAGGAAUUUGGGGUGGAGUAAGGAGGAGACGCUGCUUUUCUGCGCGACAGUGAGGAAGAGUUUGAGGAGCCAUAAGGUGCAUGCUUAUGUUCCUUUAUACGUUGUGUACGGGCGGAAGCCGACGGUGGCGGAGACGAGUGGAUCUAAUCCACCGGAGGGUAUACAUUAG